AUGGCUAACCUGGUCCUGUCAGCCUGCUGCGUGGUGCUCGCCACAGUGGUGGUGGUGUACGCCCAGAGACACAGCCAGCUGGACAGCCACAUCCAGUACGAACGGGUAGGCGCAGACGUGACCAUGAAGUGUGGCUCCAUGGACUGGGACGCAGCCGUGACCUGGACAGCCAAUGGCACCGACAUUGAUGAGUCCCACCUGAACGGGUCCUACCUGAUCCUGAAGAACGUCAACCUGACGCAGAGCGGCCAGUACUCCUGCUACGAGGGCUCGUCCUGGCACCUCAAGUACCAGACCUACCUGAGGGUGGGACUCCCUCCGAAGGAGCCAGUGCUGAUGUGCCGGUCCAACAACUACCCAAAGGGUUUCUACUGCAGCUGGCACCUGCCCACUCCCACCUACAUCCCCAACUCCUUCAACAUCUCCGUCAUACAUGGCACGAGAGAGAUGGUCUGCGAGAAGGAUGUCUUUCCCAAAAACAGGUGCCACAUCAGAUACCUCCAGCUCUUCUCCACAGUGAAGUACAAGGUGACUCUGACAGUCACGAAUGCUCUGGGCAAAAACUCCACCACCCUCACCUUUGAUGAGUUCGCCAUAGUAAAGCCAGACCCUCCUGAGAGCGUGGUGGCCAAACCCGUGCCCAAUAACCCUCGGAGGCUGGAGGUGUCAUGGCAAAACCCCUCAUCCUGGCCCGACCCCGAGUCUUUUCCGCUCAAGUUCUUCCUGCGAUAUCGACCCCUCAUCCUGGACCAGUGGCAACACGUUGAGCUGUCGGACGGGACAUCACACACCAUCACGGAUGCCUAUGCUGGCAAGGAGUACAUCAUCCAGGUGGCAGCCAAAGACAACGACAUUGGCACAUGGAGCGACUGGAGCGUGGCCGUUCAUGCCACCCCCUGGACGGAGGAGCCCAAGCAUCUCACCACGGAGGCCCAAGUCACAGAGACAACGAGCGCUAGCACCUCCUCCUUCAUGCCGCCCCCCACCACCAAGAUCUGUGACAAGGGGGCUGUGGUGGGCAGCGGAGCCGUGGCAGUGUGUUGGACAGCUGGACUGGUCUUGGCUGCCUAUGGCGUCCUCUUUAUUUAG